AUGGUGGAAUUCAAGGGCCGCAGCGAGUCCAUCUUCGUCGUUACCGUUGUUUUCUUAUGCAUUUCCUUCACCGCGGUUUGCCUGCGAUGUUUCGUCCGGUUGAGGCUGAUGAGGGCCUUUGGGUGGGAUGAUUCUCUGAUGCUAUUUGCAAUGGCAUGGAAUAUCCUAUUCGCAAUAUGCGGUAUUACAGGGGCAAUAUAUGGAAUGGGACAAAAAUUUGAACAAAUCCUAGUAGUCAACCCCAAAAACGUUCAAACUGCAAUGUUUUGGUGGUGGCUUGGUCAAAUCUCAUAUGUCUUUACUGUCGUCCUCGCGAAGAUAUCCAUUGCGCUCGCCCUCCUUCGUCUCACCGUCGCCAAGGCGCAUUCGAUUCUUUUGUGGGUGGUCAUUGGCGUGUCGGUUGUGAUCGGACUGGUGUUUUGGUUCAUGUUGACCUUGCAAUGCCAUCCGGUCUCAUUCUUCUGGGAGCGAACUGGAGAUGGGAAGUGUAUCUCUACAGACAUUUUAAUCGACAUCGCCUACCUGUACAGUGUCACUGCGACACUCUGCGAUUUCGUCCUGGGUCUCCUUCCAUUCUUGCUUGUCUGGAACUUGCAGAUGAAUACAAAGACUAAGGCUGCGUUGGCCGGAAUUCUCAGUAUGGGAUGCGUUGCUAGUGCCGCCGUCAUUGUCCGCAUUCCAUAUCUUCAUACUUACAAAGACCCUGAAUUCCUCUACGCAACGACCCAAAUAUCAAUCUGGUCCAAUGUCGAAGCUGGUCUCGGUAUUACGGCCGGAAGCCUGGUCACACUACGCCCACUAUUCCGUUGGUUCCGCGGUGAGAGCUAUGCAGGCACGCGAAGCGCAAGACGAACAGCAGGAAGCUUCCCUUUGUCCAGCAUGGAACGAGGCACCAAAGGGUCCAAACACGAUCCCAACGGAACCAAGUUCUGGCGCCCAGAUGUCGAUCCCGAGGAUUCCCAUGCAGUUGUUACGACGAUCCAGACAUCCCGUGGAAGCAGAAAUAGUAGCCAAGAGGAUCUGAAUCCCAGGCGGAAUUCGCUUCAUGGUGUGAAUGUAGAAAAGACCUUCUUGGUUACUUCGGAUGAUGUAUAA